GCUCCAAGGAAUAGCAUCUUCAUCCCAAAGUGACACCAGCUCCUGCUAGGACCAUGGGACCAGCUGGCAUCUUCUUAGGCAGCGGGCAGCUCCAUGCCAUCCUGUGGGGAAGUUUGGCAGCUCUGACCACACUCUUAUUCCUCACCUUCCUCAUCUUCCUCUGCUCCAGCUGCAACAGGGAGAAGAAGCCCAAGCAUCAGAACGGAGAUCAUGAAAAUCUGAUGAAUGUGCCUUCUGAUAAGGAGAUGUUCAGCCACUCCAUCACCAGUUCGGCCACCGAGCCUCCUCCAAGCAGCGAGCAGAACGGGGUGCUCAGCAAUGGUGAGGUUCUCUCACARGACAGUACAACUGCCUGCAUCCAGCCUUAUGAAGACGUACAAACAUCUGUCUCUGAUCUGCUAGAUCAGCAGGACAGUCUUGGAAAAUCCCUUAAGUGUCACCAGAGCCGGGAAUUACCCAGUAUUCCUCCUAACAGUACCAUGGAAACCCUCAUCUCAGCUAGAAAUGCAGAAAAUGAUCAAGGCCUUGGAAUGGAAGGGCCUUAUGAAGUCCUGAAAGACAGCUCCUCUCAGGAGAACAUAGUUGAAGACUGCUUGUAUGAAACUGUGAAGGAAAUUAAAGACGUCGGAGCAGCGGCCAACGUGGAAAGAAGCUGUGGAAACAAAGCGAGAGUUUCACUGGUGGUUUCUGAAGGUCAGCAUCAGAUCCCUGAGUGCAGAAUUGAAUCAGCAGAGUAUGCAUCAGUUGAUCGGAACAAAAAAAGCCGCCAGAGUGCGAAUUCAGACAGCCCUCUUGGCAGCACACCCGACGUGGAGGAUGUGGAGGAUGAGCCCCCGCCGCCCGUACCCAUGAAACUUCUUGACGAAAAUGAGAAUGAGCAAGAAGAAAAAGUGGAAGAAGARCAAAAGACAGAAGGAACAACGAAACCAGAGAAGAGGCUUAGUUCGGUGUCUUACAAGUCUCGAGAGGAAGAUCCAUCUCUUACAGAAGAUGAUAUCUCAGCCAUGUACUCCUCGGUGAGCAAGCCAGGACAGACCAUCAAGGCACUGGAUUCUACCUACACCUGUAUUCAAGAGGUUGCGUCUGCGAGGUCUCCAUCUGUUUGCAGCGGUCUCUAUGCAAGUGUGAAGGACUUUGAAAACACCCUAAAUGCUACCACCGUGCCUCAGCCCGUGGACAGGCCCAACGGGGAGUUGGAGCCUGACUACGAAGCUAUCCAGACAGUGAGCCAGGAAGAAGACAGGACCUUGUCUGUGCCUAACACAAACCACACUGCUCUCUCAGGAGAGAAUGACUAUGAGAGUAUAGGGGACUUGCAGCACCACAGGGAUUUCACCAGACUUUAACGACUCUGGCAUCCAGAUUUCAGCAUUUAUCCUAUCAGCUGGUGGAUUCAAAGGAACGUGGGAAUUAGGAAGAGAAGGUUCUUCUUCCUGAGGAACCAAGUUAAGUACAGUUCCUCACCAAGCUGUGAGGAAGCGGUGUAUGUUUCAACCAGGGUGCAAUAUCCUUUCGGUUAUUCUUGGUUUCUUGGAUGUGCUUGGUUUCUCGGAUUGCAGCUCACUAGAAAGGUGGCAUCCGUUCACAGUUAGGAUCAGAACAAUGUAAAGGCUUUUGUAUUGCUACUUCCAAGACAACCAGAGUUUGGGAAUAUGGCAAAGAGUGCCGUGUUUGUCUUCUUAAGAAGAUCACAUACCAAAAAGACUGCCUUUACACAAAGCUAGUUUUUCAUUUUAAAAGAUCAUGUCAUUUAUUCCAAGGUGUUUUUCAAGAAUCAUUUUUUAUUCACGUUCAUCCAUCAUCUCCGUUGCUCUAAUCACAGAUUGUCAUGCUUCAGCUCAGACUUCUUUUGUAGGGAUGGGGAAGGUGUGUUAAUGCCUCUUGGGGAGCUCUGUAAUUCAGCUUGCUAGGACUAUUGCAGCCAGACAGGACUGGAGAUGAAGUCAGAAUACCAACAUGUUCCACUCCGCUUUCAUUACAACUAGAGUACUUUACUUCACAAGGGACCUACUCCAGAUGUACUUGAAUUAAUUCUGUAGGCUUUUUCUUUCUUUUUUCUUUUACGGUAAGGGCUGUAGAACUUGACUUGUGAUAUUUAAGAUUCCUAGUGAUGUUUGUAGGGUUUGUUUUGUUUAAUUAUUUGUGAUUUUUUUUUUAAUGUCACCCUUAGCGUUCUUGCUCUAUUCCCCUCCCUUCAUGUGCACACAUAAUACUUACACACUCCAGACAACUGUCAUGUUGCAUCAAAAAGCCGUGCAAAUAAAUGCAUUGGCAUAAUGUUCAGUCUAACUUUACAGCCUUUAGUUACUUUUUUAAGAUAUUUGCUCUUUGUUUUUAGAGUUUAAAAUACUUAUAAUCUAGUUUAUUAUGUAGGAAAAUAUAUGCACUGACGUGGAUGAUAGGUUUCAUUUUUACGAUAUAUUUUUUGUGUUCAAAGUUAUUGUAGAUUAACUUACUGUUUUAUGUAACAGAAGGAAUCCUACGGAUUGGGAUUGGACCUUAUUUGUUUUUCCUUUAAAGAACACGUGCUAUAUUAGAAGCAUGUAAAUGAACAAUUGCUAUUGUUUUAUUAUCCUCCUAAGCAGGGGUGUGGAACCUGCCUUGCUGUUCCUAGGCUCARAAUUACAGAGCCUGUGUAAAAGAACAGUGUUUCCGGGCAAAAAAGAGGAAGAGGA